UUCGAGACAGGCAAAUUUAAAUUAUUUUUGAAAAAACAACCGCCCAUCUACUGUAAACGAGGAGGGUAUUUUUUGAUAUUGCCGCAAGGCAUGGACCAGGGUUUUCCAGGAAUGCAAACACCACGACUGUUUAAAAACAACAUCCCUUAAUUUUUAUAUUUUCGUUUCAUUUUAUUUAUUUAAAGACAUAUCUUGAUCGUCGAAAAUCUUUUCAUGAAAUGUCUCCCCCAAAUGAUGAUACUCCUUAUGAUAGAUAUGCAAUUGCUGGUGGAUAUUUUAAUUCUUUGGUUGGAAAUAGUUAUAUGCCUUCAAAUAUUAGUAAAUAUGAAGAAGAGGUUUAUAAUGCUUUUAAUAAGCAAUAUGGAGGAGGAACUUCUACUAGAGCAGCAACAAAUAAUAUUUGGCCAUCACAACAACAACAUCAACAACAACAAAAUUAUUAUGGGGGAAUUGCUAAAGAAAGGCCUGAAAGAUUUGAAGUUUAUAAAACAAUGGCUGAAAGAGCAUCAGAAUUUGGAAGAAACGAGUAA